AUGACCAAGAACAGAAGACACCUCGGGAAAAACCUCAGGUCAUGGCAGUUACUCACCAGGAGCAAGUAUUCUCAGCAACACUGGAAAUGCACCUUUCUUCUGAAAGGAAGCUGGGAGGGUCUGAAGGGAGGCCUAGGUCAGGGCACGACUAGUUUACAGUGUAGCAUUGGGUUACACUUUCAUCCAAACAUUUCUGUAGAUAGAAUAGAAAAUGAGCAUAUUUCUGAAUGUGGCCAGUUUGAGAGUUCUUUUACAAAAAAUCCAUUACUUUGCAGUCAACAAACAACUCCUUGUGCCAAAAUAUGUAAUUUUAAUGAAUGUGGGAAGGAUUUUUCUUAUCCAUCAUUAUUAAAUCGAAAUAUAGGCACAGCUAUCUGGGAAGUGGAGAGAAUGUUUAAUGAGACCACACAGACUGUUAGCCUGAGCUGCAUCAGAAAUAAUUACCAGGAUUCUUCUGUCGGAGAGAAAACUUAUGAGUGCAUUGAAACCCAUAACAACUUUAAUUAUGGCUCAAGUCAUAGUAAACACAUUCCUUUUCCAGAGAAUCUUCACAAAGGUAACAAAUGUGGGAAAGUCGUUCAUCAGGGCUCAGAGGAUCUUCAGAGCUCGCAUCUCCAAGAUGAGGCUUACAAAUCCAAAGAAUGCGUCCCGACUUCUAGUCAAAACUUAAAUCUUACAGAACACCAGAAAAUUCAUAGUACAGAGAAACCCUACAAAUGUAAAGAAUGUGGUAAGGCCUUUAGCAGUUGUUCAUAUCUUAGUGUGCACCAGAGAAUUCAUAGCGGAGAGAAACCCUUUGGAUGUAAAGAAUGUGGCAAAACCUUUAACACAAGGUCAAACCUCAGACAGCACAGAGUUCAUACUGGAGAGAAACCUUACAAAUGUCAAGAUUGUGGCCAAGCUGUUAAUCAAUGCUCACAUCUUAUUCAACACCAGAGAGUUUAUGCCGGAGAAUGUGGUAAAUCCUUUAUUCGACAGCGUCAUGCCAUUCAUGCUGGAGCAAAGCCCUACAAGUGUAAGGAGCGUGGCAAAACCUUUGUUCAUAUUUCAAAUCUUACUCAGCACCAAAAUGUUCACACUGGAGAGAAGCCCUACAAGUGUAAAGAGUGUGGCAAAGCCUUUACCAGGGAUUUAAGCCUGAAACGACAUCGUGUAGUUCAUACUGGAGAGAAGCCCUACGAGUGUAAAGAGUGUGGCAAAGCUUUCACCCAAAGUUCGAAUCUCAGAAGACAUCACAGAGUUCAUAGUGGAGAGAAACCCUACCAAUGUAAGGAGUGCGGCAAAACCUUUACCGCGAACUCAAGUCUUAGAGAGCAUCACAGAGUUCACACUGGAGAGAAGCCCUACAAGUGUGCACAGUGCAGCAAAGCCUUCAGCCGUUGUUCACACCUCACUGUACACCAGAGAAUUCACACUGGAGAGAAACCCUACACAUGCCAAGCCUGCGGCAAAGCCUUUUCCAGAUGUUCAAUCCUUAGGCAUCAUAACAGAAUUCAUACCAGAGAGAAGUGCUCCUAA